AUGAUCUACAUGAAGGUCCUAGUUGUACUGUUCCUGUCUGGGGCAGCCAUUGUGAUUGGGCUGGACCCGGCCUCCUUCCUCGAGGCACACAACACGUACAGAAGGAAUUUCAGACCUAGAGCUGCUAACAUGAAGGAAUUGAAAUUGAGUGAGGAACUAGCUUCUAAAGCACAGAAAUGGGCUUCGAAGUGUUUAAACGAACCGGAUCCUGUGACGUCAUCACCCUCCUUCACUUGCGUGGGAGAACACCGUUAUCUCGGUUUUGGAACCCCUAAAGCGUCCAAUGCUGUGUCACUGUGGACCUCUCAGUCCUACAACUAUAACUACAGCAGCGAUUACUGCAGCAACAAGACGGCGUCCUGGGACAAAUAUAAACAGGUGCAAGUAUACGGUAUAUAA